AUGACCACCCCGCGCCGACCUCCCCCCGCAUACGACGCUCCUAAGGACUCGCCCGUCCAUGGCACAACACAGGUCUACAGAACUAUUUCUGAGACUGCCUCUGACCCCGCCAAGCGGGAGCUUCAGAAGUCCUUCACUAUCCGCCCAGUUUCCGGCCAGGCUUGGGUGGUGCCAGCGGGACACAUCUGCCGCUUAACAACUCCAAACGGGCCCCAAGUCGGCGAUCUCAACAUCUGGAACGCCAACAACCCUAGGGAGCGAUUAUGGGCAGCACGUACCCGUCAGAUUCACGCGUCCCACGUUUCUGUUGGUGACCGUCUCUGGUCGAAUCUCCCAUACCUGCGCCCCCUCGUGACGAUCACCGGAGAUUCGCUCGCAGGCGGGCAGCUACAUGAGGUAUUGGAUGUUGACGGGAAGCGAAAGGAGGGCAAGGGCUUUGGUACUUCGCAGUGGGGAGGACGUGUCCACGAUUUGAUGGGCACGAGGUGUGACCCGUACGUCAACCUCUUGAUGGGUGGGGAAUCGUUCGACUUCCAUUGUCACUCGAACCUUACUCGUGCGGUGACGCCGUAUGGUCUGACCGAGCUGGACGUGCAUGAUGUCCUCAAUGUCUUCCAGGUGACGGGGCUGGAUGAAGAGGGGAGGUACUUCAUGGAGACAUCGCCGGCGAAGCCUGGCGAGUACUUUGAGUUCUUCGCGGAGGUUGAUGUCCUCUGUGCCCUCUCCGCGUGCCCUGGAGGCGACCUUUCGAACUGGGGCUGGGACGACAAGGAUGAUAUGGGGGCCACCACCCGUCCUCUGGGCGUGGAGGUCUACAAGAUCACGGAGACUGAAGCAUUGGCGGGAUGGACCGAGCCCCAGUGCCCGAAAUACACCGGGAUGCAUGGGAUCAAGAUGCCCACACGCGAGAACGAUGAAACGGACUUUGUUGGCCUGUGA